AUGAUCAACUGGUUCUUCGCCAUCGCUCCCUUCGCAUGGCUCGCAUCGGUCGCGGCUCAAACUUCCAACCCCAGUUUCCUCGGAUGCAUGAGCCUUUUCUGGUGGAAUGUGGAUCCCCAGUAUUUUGAUUUCCCCACCCAGUGGUGGGACGAGAACAUCCCGGAUGAUUCGCCCGCAGGAUGCCAGGCGAGCUGA